AUGUCGUCCACGGUGGACGCGCGCGCGAGGGCGUGGACGGUGGACGCGCGCGUGGGGUCGACGACGACGACAGGGGAUUCGGAUGGGACGCGCGGUACGCGGUACGCCCUGCAUCGCUCGCGAGACGACGCGGAUGACGUGCUGUUCGAUCGAUUCGAUGGCGAGUAUUAUUACUUUUACGACGACGGCGAGGAAGAGGGGCGGGAGGGACGGGUGGAGAGGGAUUGGAGACACGGACGCGGCGGCGCGGGACGGCGGCGCGGGACGCGGGCGCGCGGACGGCCGCGGGGACGAACGACGGGGGGUGCGUUGAAAUCGUCUCGAACGUCCACGAAAGCGCGGGUGCGGUGUGGGUGGUGCGCGUGCGCGGCGUCGCUGGGGGGGUGUGAGAAGUACGCGGCGCUCGCGCCGCAUCCCACGCGCGCGCUGGGCGAGUGCUUGGACGUGUGCGCGCCGUGUCACACAUUCUUGAGCACCGGGAGUUGGGGGAGGGACGAGGCGACGGGUCAGUUUUUACAGUGUCAACUCUGUGGACAAGGCGGUGAAGAGCGCGUGGCGUAUCUGUGCGACGCGUGCUCGGUGAAUGUGCUGUGCGUGCAGUGCGCGCCGAUUCUCGGCGCGGAGAAGCACGAGGCGCUGAAGCGGAACCCAGACGAACCUUUCGUGUGUCUCGCGUGCGAUUCGACGCCGAUUAAGUAUUGGAGAGACCCGAAAUCUCGCGCGUCGCCGUGUGGCCAGCCGAGAGCGAUGCAAAUCGACGGGAAACCGAGUACGAAAUCUAUUCGGACGGUGCGCGUCGUGGGCAGGCGACAACAACCUGGCCAAGGAAAUGAAUUUUUGUGUCAAGUGACGACGUGUUGUGGACGAUCAGAAUGCCAAGUUGAGUCUGAAUGGGUGAGCGAGAGCGCUUUGAUGGACACAGAAAUGCAACAAGCGAUCACGGAUUACACCCAGCUGCGAAUGCAGUGGAAGCACCGCGGCGGAACCGUCAAGGCAGAAAAAGUGUUGACGAAGGGUUGGUUAAAUACGUACGAGUACGUACACGCGAACGGUCGCCCGACGGAUGGUGAUAUAAUACCCUUCGGCGUCAACGUCAUGGAAGGCGCCUUAACAGACGACGAAAUCCAUGAAGCCGAGCGAGGAAUUUUAGAGCUCACGCGCAAGGCGCUUCAAGGCGACCUCGGUGGUGACCCGUUCGUCACCAAGGCGGGAACUACGUCCAGAAUCAAACUUUUUUUCGGUUUCGCGUACGAAAAAAGGAGCGAUUCAAGAAAUAAGCCGCAGCGCUUGAUAAAGAACGUGCCGGGCAUUGAUGACCCGCUCGCCGCGCCACUUCACAAGCUCGCCGAAACGCUCCAGAAACGAGGAGUCUUUGCGCCAGACUUUGUUCCGAAUCAGUACGUACUCAACAUAUACGGCCGUGCGGGCGCUUAUUUAAUGGCGCACAAGGAUGCCUUGCACCUCUUCGAGGGACCGAUAUAUGGCGUUCGCCUUUUCAAUCCUCGCAUUCUGUCCUUUGCGCCGGAUGGACACAUGCGCAUAAACGUGGAUCGGGGGAUGAUCGACGUGAUGCAGUCGGUCGGCUCAGUGACGUCGAUGGAUGGUUUCGCGAAAGAGGACGUGCAGCACAGCAUUCCGCGCUUGUCUGGCGUAGAUCCGGAUUACUUUAGCUGUUCCGUCAUAUUCAGGAUGGCAAAAAGAGACGCGGUGCAGAGCGCGAUCGAAACUCUCCCGGUGUAA